UAGAGGUUUUUAGGGUUCUUUGCUGCUACCAAAUGUCAGGGGAAGAGGAUGAUGAGGCGCUGGCAGCGAGCUCAUCGGAGGAGGAGGAAGAAGACGAAGAUCAAGUAGCUGGAGAUCGAGGCGAAGAGGGCGAUGGAUCGUUAUCGGGAUCCGAGGGGUCGGAAGAGGAAGAAAUGUUGCGGUGUGCGGUCGCGGAUGUUCCAUUCGAGCUUCUCCAGAAGGCAAAAGCCGAGGGGCAUUCAAAGAUUGCUCGGGGCAAAACAAAGGCAGACUUGAAACGCUUGAAUAAGAACAGGCCGAUGGAAAUCUCGAGUAAGAAGCCGGUUGGCAGAUUCAGGGACGUGAUGCAGACAUCAAAACGAGUGAUACGUGAUCCUCGAUUCGAAUCGCUGUGCGGAGACUACGAUGAAUCGCGGUUUAAAAAGGCAUACAAUUUUAUUUACGACGAACAGCUCCCAGCUGAACGACAAGAACUCUUCAAGUCAUUGAAGAAAGCGAAAGAUCCCGAGCUGAUUUCCGAGAAGAAAAACGAAAUCUCUUUGAUGGAAAGGCAGCUGCAAUCUGAGAGGGACAGAAGAAAGCAUGCCGAAAAAGCAGCCGAGCAAAAAAGGAUGGAACGAGAACUAGUCAAGCAGGGAAAGAAGCCAUUCUACAUGAAGAAAUCUGACAAACGACGAGCUGCUCUGAUCGAAAAGUACAAAGAAUUAAAGACCUGCGGAAAGCUCGAAAAUUUCCUCGCGAAGAGGAGGCAAAAGAACGCUGCGAAGGACCAUAGAUAUGUGCCUUACAGGCGAUAGCAUCUGCUUAAUAAACUCUGUUUUACUAUAA